GAAGCUGAUAAGGCACAUGCGCAUUCCCUGGUAAGCGGUAUUUUUUUUGUUAGUUUUUUUGCAGCUUGUUCCUCUUUACACAGGAAAUGUCAUCUUUGUGUGUCACCAAUGAUGACCAAGUCACAGGUCGAUGCUCGGCAACAGAAGAGGACAAGGAGCAUCCUCGUGUACUCAUUCCAGAACUCUGCCGGCUCUUCUAUCAGCUGGGAUGGGUGACAGGGACAGGAGGAGGCAUCAGUUUGAGAAGAGGAGACCACAUCUACAUUGCACCUUCAGGGGUUCAGAAAGAGAGAAUACAGCCAGAAGACAUGUUUGUCUGUGAUGUGGAGGAGAGAGACAUCAGCUGUCCACCCACCUGGAAGAAGUUAAAGAAGAGCCAAUGCACUCCUCUCUUUAUGAAUGCAUACACAAUGAGAGGAGCACAGGCCGUUAUCCACACCCACUCCAAAGCUGCUGUCAUGGCAACCCUUCUGUACCCUGGCAAGGAGUUCAGAAUAACACACCAGGAGAUGAUCAAGGGGAUCCGUAAGGGCACCACAGGCACCAACUACUGCUAUGAUGACACACUGGUGGUGCCUAUUAUCGAGAAUACCCCAGAAGAGAAGGACUUAAAAGGACGAAUGGUUCAGGCCAUGGAGGAAUACCCCGAUUCAUGCGCCGUCCUUGUUCGGAGACAUGGAGUCUAUGUAUGGGGGGAAUCAUGGGAAAAAGCCAAGACCAUGUGUGAAUGUUAUGACUACCUGUUUGACAUCGCUAUCCAGAUGAAGCAGUGUGGACUGGACCCUUCAGCUUUGCCAGCAGAAGAGAAAGGAAUAGUUUGACAUUCCCUGACACCUUUUUAAAGAGACAUUUGUUCCAAGAAGGUCAGUUCAAUCAUGGAGCAAGAUUUUAAUAAUUUUCCUUUCACGCCAGCCCUCCACAAUUCUGAUGUUGAUUGCCGAUUCAGAGUUGAAGCCAUGUGAUCCAGAAGGACCUGGAGGGGUAUGGUCCUGAGCACUGUGGGGAAAAUCACUGUCUUCAGUGUGAAUAUACUGUUACAGUUCAGUUGCUCUGCAAUGAUGAUUACUUGCAUUUACCUAAAUGCAUAAUGUACUUUUUCACAAGCAGAAUAAACCAGUCCUUGCCUUUUGCCAAAUGCAAAUCCAAAAGUACAGUACAAAUGUUUUUGGUUUGUUUUUUUAAACAAAAAAGAUGUUUUUAAAUCCACUGAGGAACUAAAUGAUCUACUGUAUAUCAAAUUGUGUUAAUUUAAUGGCUGGAGGACAGGUCAACAAUAGUACAUAAAGCACAGCACCGUCUCACUUGUAGACUUGAAGGUAAGAACUGUGGCUGUUCGGCAGGCCUCACCACAGCAAGUAUACCCUUGCACAGCAUCCCUCUAAUGCUUACUCUAACUAGAGUGAGCUCCUUUUACUCCCCCGAUCCCAUUUCCUCCACCACUGUAUCUGCUCCAAACAGACAGGAGCCAAAUAUGUCACUGGCUUAUAUAAAUUUAAAUUGGAAGAAUCCUGAAAUGUUCCGUUGUAUUGAUGAGGAAUUCUUGCAAACUAAUUUGCAAAAGAAAUGUAACACUCUCCCAUUAAUUGAAAUGACAUUGAGAGGCCCACAAUGUCACAAAAUCCAAUGCCAUAAAAAGGCAGAAAACGACGGGUUGUCACAGUUUUGUUUACUUUGAUGCUUUGGUGCUCAUGGGUGACUUUCUGAGGAAUUAUCAUGAAAAAGCACAUGACAACGUUUUAGAAGAGAAAAACAAUCCCUCAAGCGUGCAGAUAUUACAAAGUCAGGCGUCCCUGGCGCUGAUUAUGUGCAUUUGAAAUGUUAAUAUUAACACUUAUCAGUUGACAUUCUUAUUCACGUCUUUAUUUAACAAUUCACACAUUACAAACAGUACAGUAUGAUGUUAAGACUGGACAACUUGAGAGCAGUAUGUGGGUUACCACAAGUCUAUCCACUAUUGGACUGUAAUUGAAAAAGGAUUUGGGACAUUUCUGUGUGAUAGCAUUAAUGAAAUACGUUUUUUGCUUUUUUUUUUUUUUUUUUAGUAAUUUGUUCGGCAAUCGUUCAUGACUUCAUAUGGGUCACUGAUCAUAUAGUGGUUAACUUGGCCGUGCAGGAUGGGUUCCUGUAUGAAUGUGAGUAUAGAUGGUUGUCUGUGUCCUAUAUGUUCCCUGUUAGUGACUGGCAACUAGGAUACAGGAGAACAUGGAUGGACUUGGACAGAGGCAAUCUCUUUAAAUUGUACAUAAAUGAGGGGCUGCAUCUUUGGAGGGGCGGUCCCUGUGUGUGACUGGCCAAUCACAGAGCAUGAAGAGUGAAUACAGCAUUACAGAUAAUGAAGAGAUGUACUUAUUUCAUGUUCAUACUCUGCAAAAAUGUAUUAUCCUGAACUUGUUAUAAACGAGUAUCCGGCACAUCCCUACUAGCUAUACCGUAACUCUGAUUUCAUCAGUUCAUUGAUCAUCUUACAUUAUUAUUCAUGAGUAGGGGUGUCACAAGACACCCAACAGGCCCAUAAAAAAUCUACAAAGCGCGCAUAACAAGUUGUACCUCCCUUCCCUUCUUGGCUCAGUCCCUAGACCUAGUCAGGGAUUGUGUUGUACUGUGGAGGUGUUUAUGUGGGGUGGGGGGGUUACAGCCACACGCAGAAACUGGGACUACCAAGGUAGGUUUGAUUGCAAAGUUAAUAGUGUGCGUAAAACACAGAGCUCUAAUUCUGUGGUGUAGCGCAGGGAGGCAGAAUGUGGUGCACCCCACACAAUGGUAAUUUGGUUGCAGCCAAUUAGGUACACUGGUCUGCGCUGAAAUGGCCGUGGCGGUGCACCAGGGGGGGUGUCCACAUGUUCAACUUGGUGCAGUGACAAUUUUGUGACAAAACAUUGCGCCAAAUGUGCCCUGAAAGAUCACCAGGUUCGACCUGGUCUGUUCUUCGUGCAGGCAAAGCACACCCUGCAGUGGUAAAUUGGCUGACAGACUAUUUAAUGUAACCGUCUGAACCAGGAUGUACAUUUUUGUAUUAAUUGUCCCAACACGUCUGUUGUCAGAUCAAAGACACAAUGGAAACUCAACCUGAUGGAUGCUGUAGGAUAUUUUUUACCGUUAAUUUUUUCUCUAGGAGGAUGAGUAGAUACAAACCAUAAGUCUUUAUAUGCACUCGGCAAUGUGACCAACCACAGCGUGUGUGGGCGUGUCUAGAGGCGGGCCAGGGGUGGAAUACGUUAAAAGACACCCUUUUCACGGGAACCACCAAAUCCAAAGAAAUACAGCUGAAUAGGUGCAGAUUAUGGAAGAACUAGAACACUUUCUGUGCUGUUAUUGUGUGUAGCUGCUCUGUAGGAGUCCACAACUCAAUACAAAGGGCUGAAAAAUAAGCAUGAUAGGUCCCCUUUAAUGAUGAGUGCCUAUGCAUUUUAUACAUUUAAAUUUGUUUAAGUCUGUGAAUCCUAAACCUAGAUUGUAUCGGGACUGGACGCUAAUUGAAGAGAGAAGGGGAGUGUUCUGAGGCUGAAUCUAAUAAUUACGCAGUCACUGUUGUUGCAGAUGUUGAUCUGAAAUUGGAGGACAAUUAAAAUGUCUAACUCGCAGGAGGAUCUUGCAGGUGUAUCAUGUACUUCACUGGUGCCAUUCACUGGUGGUCCUAGAAAGUGACCCUCAUGAGGAUCUACUAUAUCUCUGGUUUUCUGUAGUAGUGUAUGUUGGCGUAUAAUCAUAAAACAUUGUGGUCACUAUUGGAGGAAAAAGGUAGAUAAAAUCAAAAGUUUGUUAGUUAAAUCAUGAAUCAACUGACUUAAUUAUCUUUUUUCUUAAGCAAACAAAAAGACGCCUCUAAGCCUUCAAUGACGCAAUCUUAAAUUCCUCUCUUGAUGUUGGCACUCCAUUUGAACUCCCUAAAAAAGCUUAUUUGUGUCCUGUUUCUUACUAAGUUUAUUAUUAUUAUUUUUAAAUACUUUCUCACUAAACCCACUGUUUUGGAGGAUGUCUGUGCAUGUGUGAGAUUGCUGAUGGAGGUGCUUUCAAUUGGUAGCGUGUAUAACAUGACCACAACAGAAAUGUUUAUUUUUCCAAAGUGUUUUAAGUGAGGGAUGCACUCGUGCUGUAGUGGCACCACUGAAACCCAUAAAUUACUCAUCAAGUCGCAUUAAUGUGUUUGCCGCUGACAUCUGAGGAGAAAAGGAGCACUCGUUGCUGCAUGAUAUAUUUACAGGUAUUGAUUCACUUGCAAAUGUGAUUAGAAUUAUAGGUUGAGUGAAAGACUUUUGAUGAUCAUGGGGUGAUGCCAAUUCAAAGUUCAUGUUCAAUUUUAUCAUGCUAAAUGCUAAAUUCUAACCUUCUAGUCACUUAGAUUAAAUGCAGCUUAAUUACACCUGGGGCAAAAGUAUAAAUGAUACAUAAAUGCACUAAUACACACAUUUUUUCCACCAUGAUUAUGGAUUGUGCAUCUCCCAGAUGGAGUAAAGAAAAGAGUAUUUCUUCCAAUCAAGAGAACAUGAUGACUUUUUCUGAUGAUUAACAGACUACCAGAGACAAGGUCCCAAGACUCCAUGUUUAAGGUACUACAUAUGCUGUAUAGUAAUAGUAUACUCCAUAAGGUGAGUGUGAAUGUGCUCUAAUUUACACAGCAUAUUGUAAAUAAAUAAAUGAAGGACUGUGCAGCCAGUUAUGUUACACGCACGAUGGUCGCAGCCUAUCGUACUAGUUAGGUCAGUUUUAGAGGGGUUCUGUAUGGUGCACACUGCUACCGCAGGUCUGUAUCUCCACUCUGAGAAGAUGUAUCGUUUGCUUCCAUUUGCUCUUGUCCUCUGCAAAGCUGUAAUAGUUUUAUGUCUGCCAACUUCCAAUGUGAAUCAGGCUCUUAUGCAUGCUUAUCACACUAGCUGCAGCACUUUGCUCAAGGCCUUCUUGCUUUAAUCCUUUCACCCAGACCAUACUUUGUUUUUGUGCCUGCUCUGACUUUGCUGAUAGAAAUGUAUUAAAAAAAAAAUAGGAGAAAGAAGCUCUAUCAACACAUUCCUGGUAAAACCCGCAUUCAAUUAUCUUUCACUAAACUUAUGAAAUGUAUGCAGUUUGCCGUCUGUUCUGAAAACAAACAUGCAAGAAAACAAGCCAUCUCUAGUUUCAAACAGUAUUCAUACUGCAUCCAAGCUUGUUUAUGUGAAGGUCUUGCACAAAGAUACAGAAAAGAUUUUUCAUAUCUCUUCUGCAUUACUGUCAGUCAUUUAGUUAAUUAGGACUAGUAAUUAAACCACUUCCUAUGUAUCCGUCGGAAGAGUCCUAACACAACAAACAGUUCUAUACAAGCACUAUGACAACAAACUUUGUAGUGUAGUGUUUGCCUUAUAAAUAUAAACAUGACAUACUACUCUAUAGUCACAAGGUACUCUAUUAAUAAAACAUGUCAUUUGUGCAUUCAUUGUUACUGUGUCGGU